CGCGUCCUGCGACCGCCGUUGUUUACCUCGACACUUCACCGACACCUCCUCUGCCAGACCCCCACUUUAUAUAUCUCCGCCUCCUCCUUCCAUCCUGCUCACCUUCUCUUCUUUCUAUGAAUGAAUCCAAUUUACUCCUCUCAAUCACGGUCUCUGCAGCACUUUGUACUUUGCUGUCAGUGAAUUCCCUCCUCUCCUCUACGGCUCUACCACAUUUGCUGCAUCAUGGUACAGUCCAAGAAGUUUCGUGGAGUGAGGCAGCGCCACUGGGGCUCUUGGGUCUCUGAAAUCCGACACCCUCUUCUUAAGCGCAGGGUGUGGCUGGGCACGUUCGAGACGGCGGAGGAGGCGGCGAGGGCGUACGACGAGGCGGCGGUCCUCAUGAGCGGCCGCAACGCGAAGACUAACUUCCCCGUGCCGCUGCGCGCGGACGCGGCGGCGCACAAGGCGCUCUCGGAGGCGCUCAGCGCCAAGCUGCGCAAGGCCGCGCCGGCGCCGGCGCUCACCUGCCUCCGCCUCGACACUGAGAAGUCCCACAUCGGCGUCUGGCAGAAGCGCGCCGGAUCCGGAGAGGCCUCCAGUUGGGUCAUGACCGUCGAGCUCGGCAACUCACCGGCCCCCGGACAUGCAAUGCCACCUCCCAUGUUAGGAGCCGACUACGUCCAACAGGCCUCGUCCUCCUCCUCCUCCUCCUCAUCAGCCGUGGAGGUCGGAGAAGCGACAAUGGACGAGGAGAAUCGGCUGGCCUUGCAGAUGAUUGAAGAGCUCCUCAACCGGAGCCGUCCCUCGCAUGCCGGUGAUGACGUAGGUGAAGACAGCUUCUUCCUCUAGUCACCAUCAAUGAAGCAUAUAUACACAUAUAUAUUUAUAUAUAUAUAAUUGCAUAAACUAGUUGGUUUGAUUCAGUUUAAUUACAAGUGUUCUGUUGUGAAUAUAAUAAAUUAAGGUUGUUUAGAAGUCUCCCUCAACACACAAAGGUAAAAUGGGCGAAAAGGAUUGUUGUUUUGGCAUAAUUAAGCUAUUUGUGAAUCUUUGCUUCCUUAUCAAGAAUUCAUAGUGUAUUAUGAAAGUGAUGGAGAUGGAAAAAAGCAGUUCUGAUGUCUACCAAGCAUCCAUUGUUAUUAUAAUGACAGAUAAUUAAGGAUUGUUUUCUCAUUUUUCUA